UACGGCGAGAUGAUGGGAUACCCGGAGAUGUACAACCUGACCUGCCUCGGUGCGUCCCUUUGCUGCGUGGGAGCCCUGACGGGACUGGCCCACCAAACCACCUCACGUGUCGGCAACGCCCUGGGUAUGAUCGGUAUCGCCUCCGGCAUCGCCGCCACCCUUGGCGUCGUGAACGUGUCGCCGGAGACCUACAUGCAGAUGGGAGCGGCCAUGAGUGUGGGCGGCACCCUGGGAGCCAUCAUCGCCAAACGCAUCAUCAUCAGCGACCUGCCCCAGCUGGUGGCGUUGUUCCACAGCUUUGUGGGAAUGGCCGCCGUGCUGACCUGUGUGGCCACCUACCUGGCCCACGCCCCUCACUGGGGAGAUGAUCCCGCCACCAUCGAGAGAAUCGCCCAGUUCCUUGGCACGUUCAUCGGAGGUGUCACCUUCACUGGCUCUCUCAUCGCCUACGGAAAGCUUCAGGGUACCCUGAGCUCGGACCCCCUCCUGCUUCCCGGCCGCCAUGCGCUGAAUGCAGGCAUGAUGGCCGUCAACGUCGGAGCCCUGGGCUACUUCCUCAUGGACCCAAGCAUGGGAGCCGGCAUCGCGUGAGUUCA